AUGAGGAGGGAGAAAUACAAAUCUUACGAUGAAAGGGAGGCCAACUACUGUCAAGUAUUCGUCGAGCACAUGGCGAAAGAUGCCUUGACCUGGUUCUCUAACCUCCCCGCCGAGUCGAUCGAUAACUUCGACGACCUAACCAAUGCUUUUCUGAAGCAUUACUCCAUGCACAUGACCCGAAUCACUCGGAACAUGUUCACCACAACGCAAACCCAAGGCGAACCAUUGCGCAGCUUUAUGGAAAGGUUCAAACAAGCAGCUCGCGACACUGGCGACAUGCCCGAUAGCGUCCCGCUGGAAGCACUCCGCAACGGCCUCUGGUACGACUCCAAGUUUAAGGAGGAUUUGUCACUAAAACCCCCUGCGACUCUGGAGGACGCGUUCCACCGCUCUCGGAACUACAUCUUCCUCGAGGAAGACCAGCGCUUCUACGCCGAGAAGCAUGGAGAUAGGAGGGCAACCUCGUCGAAACCCAGAGAGGAACCCAUGGAGGCGCGAAGAAGACACGAUCCGAAGAGGUCUCUCCUCGCAGCGUUCGCAGCAGCCGACGAUGAGUCCGAGCAAGAGCACGCAGCGGCCGUUUCGAUGCCACAAGACAUCAACUCGCUCGGAGAUGACAACGAUACCAAAGCUUUCUGCAAGUUCCACGGGGAACUGGCCACGCCACUGAAAACUGCAAACACCUAA